AUGGGGCAAUGUGAUCCUGAAGGGUUUGAAGACGAUAGUCCACUCAUGAUGGGAUCGGCCACCACGUCAUGCAAGUCGUUAUCUGCGCUUCAGCUAGGUCGACAGCGAGAGGUUGCCCCCGAUGCCAAGGAGGAGAGGGUUUAUUGUCUUCUCCAAGAUUUCUUUCCCCCUUCUUCGUGUAUUUCACGGCAUUAUUUCCUCCUAUCAGGCUGCAAGUGUUUCUUCCAAGAAGUAGCCCUGGCAAAUCGGUGGUGGGCAGGAAAUGUGGCGUUGGGAGGGGUCGAUCCUGUGUCAUCGACCCCUUCCCUUCACCUCCGAAACACAGACGAUGAGCAUGGUGGAUUAGGGCGACUAGGUCCUAGGAGAGAGCAGGAGCUUAUGGACCCCACUACUACCACCAAUAGCAGCGGCAGCAACAGUAAUGUCAAUCCUAACGCUUCCAACCACAACGCCGAUGAGGAUGACAGCAAGGACAACGACAGAGACGCAGAAGACCAGAACGUCGGCCAUGAGGUUAUCGAAGCUGGUACUGGCCGCAGACCUCGUGGCCGCCCAGCGGGAUCGAAGAACAAGCCCAAACCCCCUAUAAUCAUAACUCGAGAGAGCCCGAAUGCACUGCGGAGCCACGUUCUGGAGAUCAGUAGCGGUAGCGACGUUGCUGAGAGCAUCGCCACAUUCGCUCGGCGCCGGCAGCGUGGGGUCUGUGUUCUAAGCGGCAGCGGUAUCGUCACCAAUGUUACUCUCCGUCAACCUGCAGCACCGGGCGCAGUUGUCUCCCUUCAUGGACGCUUCGAGAUACUCUCGCUCUCCGGGGCCUUUCUGCCCGCACCGUCACCGCCCGGUGCGACCGGGCUGACCGUCUACUUGUCUGGCGGGCAAGGGCAGGUGGUGGGUGGUAGUGUCGUGGGUGCGCUCGUGGCGUCUGGACCGGUGAUGGUGAUUGCAGCGACGUUCACGAAUGCGACGUACGAGCGGCUGCCAAUCGAAGACGAACCAGCAGGAGAGGGAAUUCAAUUACAGCAAUCGUCAGGGGUUAAUUCGGGAAGUACUGGUAUUUCUGCAUCUCAGCCUCAUACUCUACCCGAUUCGUCUUCCAUGCCCAUCUAUAAUCUCCCGCCAAAUCUGCUCCCCAACGGUCAGAUGCCGCAUGAUGUGUUCUGGGCUCCUCGUCCACCUCCAUCCUAUUAAAACCAGAAGCACUGAUAACGUAACAAAAUUGGAAGUGGAAAAGGCGAGAAAGCUAGCAAGCAGAGAGUGAGAGAGCUCCUCUUCUUCUUUAUCAUCAUCUUCGUAUUAAUUUUCUGUCUCUUCUUUUUCAUUUGUGUUUUCUGAAUGGUUUUGUUAGCGUUGUUAUUUUAGUGUCCUUGUAUCAUAGCAAGCAAGGUCGACAAUUUUUUCUUAGUUCUUCCUUUUUUUUUCUGUGAAUUUGAUAUGUUCUGAGUAGGCUUAUUCUCCUGUGCACUUUUCUGGGUUGCUUUGUU